AUGGAGCUAAUGGAAGGUUUUCUCGAAGUAGGACGCGUUCUAUGCACAGACAACUACUACUCUAGUAUCGGUCUUGCGGAGAAGCUGAUUUCAAGACGAACUCAUCUAGUUGGCACUUUGAGAAGGAACAGGAAAGGGAUCCCGAAAGCGAUCAAAGAUAAGAAAUCGAAAAGAGGUCAGAUAUGCUAUAAACAGAGACAAAACGGCAUCAUGGUGCUCAAAUGGAGAGACAAGAGGGACUUGUACAUGAUCUCCGCAGAACACGACGCUGCGAUCGGAUCGUCACAGAAACCGACUGUUGUAGAGAAUUACAACGAAAUGAAAUCUUUUGUUGACGUGUCCGACCAGAUGGCAGCAUAUACUCCAUUUGUGCGAAAGACAGCAAAAUGGUACAAAAGUUUUUUUUUCCACUUGUUGACCCAAACAGCAGUUGUGAAUGCAUGGAAACUGUACAGGGACGUAAUCAAGAAUGUUCGACUAAACGACUUCAAAAUGGAUGUGAUCGAUUCAUUACUAUGUCAAGAACGAGAGUAUCCACCGGCUCGUCAAUUCCAACCAGCGAGGCAUGUACUGGAGGAGGUGCCGUUCCCAAAAGCUCUCAGCAGAAGAAGAUGUUCAGGAUGUUACGCUAUAAUGUCGAAAGAACAGGGACGAUCGGCUGCCACGAAUAGAGCAAGAAGGGUGAACACUCGUUGUAGUAAAUGCAAGAAGUCCUGUGUUAACUGCUUUAAUAAAAAACACAAAUCAUGCCAGAACUAG